AUGGGUUCACAUGAGUCCCGCACCAAGAAACAGGGCCUAGGUUAUGCGAGCAGAUUCGUCUUGAACGAAGCCCGGUGUAACGACGACGCGGAGAGCUCCAUGGAAGAGGAGGAUGAGGACGAAGAUACUGACCUGAGCGGUUUCAUUGUGGAUGACGAUGCAGAGCUGAGUUAUCACGACAGUGCGGGGCCGGACUCAGAAGGCGACGCUCGAGACCAGCGGUCGAGGAUGAAGAGUUUGCCUAGACAAGCCUCCAGACGACGUCUUCAGAGAGGGCGGCGCAACCAGCGGCGUGUUGACUCUUCGGACCACGAGUCGAACUCAGGAAAAGAGAACAACCCAACAAGUGAACUGUUCGACGCCAUGCGGAAUAUGAGGCUACACGAAGGUACAGUUGAAGCGAAAGCGGGAGUAGUCGAAGUCAUCGAUCUCACUUCCUCACCGCCGGCUUCGCCUAAAGUCGAACUGAACACACGGCAAAAUGGAAAGGCGACCUUAUUGCCGCACCCCGAACCUCAGAUACAGCGGUCAAGCAGCUCGAAUCCGUUCGAAGACUUUGACACUAUACUGAGAUUGGCCCCUCCAUCCUCGAGGCCGAAACUUGCUGUCCCCUCAAAGAUCAUGGCCAUUCAAGACCCUCUUGAGAGAGCGGCUGAAGCGAGAGAGGACUCUUUCAAGACACCUCCAGCAACACCGCCUCGGUCAUCAUCGAAACUGAAGUCGCCCUCAAAAUUGCUGUCUCCUUCGAAGAGACAAGCUAUCCCUCGAUCGCCUCACCGACAGAGUAUGGACGACUUUUGGGAUCAUAAUGUGAUCAAUGAAUGGAUCGACGAGUAUUCACCAAAGAAAGCACCGACAACCUCACCGAGAAAAGGAGGACUUGCUCGCUUUCAGAUUUGGUCCGACUCAGAGGACGAUGACCAGGACCAGGAAAGUUCCACCCCACUGCCCAGGCCCUUCUCAUCACCCCGAAAAACACGAGCAAAGAAUCAGUUGCCAGUGAAAAGUCCGGAAAAAGAGGAGAAGAAGCGUCUGCUUGACGAGAAGCGGGCUGCACUGGCCAGGAAGAAAGCUUUCGACAGUCGCAAAGAGCAGCUUGCCGUUGACUUGCUGGAAGAGCUCGAUAUGAGCGUAGCUGGGUCAGAGCUUGCAAAGCUCGCGUCGAGCACAGGCGGUGUUCGAAUCGUAUGGUCAAAGAUUCUUCGGUCAACGGCCGGCCGUGCGAACUGGAAACGAACAGUGAUCAAGUCGUCCGGGUCGCCCGUUAAGGGUGGUGAGGUGGCUGGCCCGGGUAUCAAAGUCCAGCACUUUGCCAGCAUCGAGCUUGCCGAGAAGAUUGUCGAUUGUGAGGAUCGACUCGUUAACACUGUGGCACACGAGUUCUGCCAUCUGACGAAUUUCAUGAUCAGCAACAUCCGCGACCAGCCUCAUGGUGCUUCCUUUAAGCAGUGGGCGGAAAGAGUCACAUCUUAUUUGCGUGCAAGUGACGUGGAAAUCUGGCGCAAAGUCGAAGUCACCACUAAACACAGCUAUGUCAUCAAUCACAAGUAUCUCUGGGUUUGUGUUGGGAGGGAACAAACACCGGCCAUGAAUUUCCUUAACAUUAACGACGAGGACGGCUGUGGAGCAGAGUACGGUCGACACAGCAAGAGUAUUGACCCGGAUAAACAUCGUUGUGGCAAGUGUAAGGGCAAACUGGUACAGGUCAGACCGAAACCGCGUGCGAGUCCUGUCAAGAAAUCGAGGAUGCUGUUCACAAGAGAAGAUAGUGCAGAAAGUGCUAAGUCCAAUUCAACUUCCGGAAGCAGCAACAGUGGAAUGAGCAAUUUGGAGACCAUGACUGAAGUUGUUGAGUUGAGUGACUGA